AUGGGAUCUACCACCCUCCCCUACAUGGAGACCAAGCCCAAGCUCAUCUUCUUCACUGACUUUGAUGGGACUAUCACCGUUGAUGACAGCAAUGACCACAUGAUUGACAACCUCGGCUUCGGCAAGCAAGAGCGCUUGGUAUUGAACGACCAGGUCCUCGAUGAGACCUUGAGCUUCCGCGAUGCCUUCCGCCAGAUGCUCGGCAGCAUCAAGACCCCAUACGACGAGUGCAUUCAAAUACUGCUGAAGAACAUGAAGUUGGACCCCUACUUCCUGGAAUUCUACAACUGGGCCGAGAAGAACAAUGUUCCCAUUGUCAUUCUGUCAUCGGGAAUGUACCCUAUUAUCAGCGCUCUGCUAGAGAAGUUCCUUGGUCGCAAGCCGGCCAGCCAUCUCACUAUCAUUGCUAAUGAGGUCGUGAGCCGGGAUGGCAAGGAUAUCAACAGCGAGGGUGGCUGGGAGAUCAAAUACCACGAUGAUAGCCACUUCGGCCACGACAAGUCCUUGGAAAUCAAGCCCUACGCUGCGUUGCCCAAAGAAGAGCGCCCAGUCCUUCUUUAUGCAGGAGACGGUGUCUCCGACCUGUCUGCUGCUGCCGAGACAGACCUCCUCUUUGCGAAGAAGGGCAAAGGUAUCUAUUCCACCGUAGAAUUAAUCCGGCUCGAAGACUCCGCUGACGUUGUGCCAGAUCUGGUGACCUAUUGCCAGCGCAGAGGUAUGCCCUACACCACUUUUGAAAACUGGUCCACCAUCCUUGAAACCACGAAAGAUAUCUUGGGCGGUACGGUGACAGCCAGUGAGGUGGCCGCCAAGGCCGCUGCCAGCCAGUAG